UCAUGUUUUUCACCCCUGUCCAUCCAUGCAUGGAGUGCAUGUGAGCGGUGACACAUACACUACAAAUUAAGAACAAUUUGCUGCAUGGUCCCAUCGUUAUCUCUACCUCUGCAUUGUUAUAUCUACUCUGUGACUAAGGUUGCCAGUACUCAUGAUGACAGAGUAGUCGAGUAGGUUACAGAGCUAACUAGUGAAGAUGAAGAAGGAAGAGAGAGAAGGGAAGAACAAGAAUAAGAAGAGGAAGAAGAAGGGGGUGGUGAAUGUGGUAGUGAACAAAGGAGCAUGGACUGCAGAGGAGGAUCACAAGUUGGCGGAGUACGUCAAGUGCCAUGGUGAGAAGAACUGGAGAAUCCUUCCUGCGAAAGCUGGACUGAAGAGAUGUGGCAAGAGCUGCAGGCUGAGAUGGCUGAAUUAUUUGAGGCCGGGCAUCAAGAGAGGGAACAUAACAGAUGAGGAAGAGGAUCUUAUCAUUCGACUUCACAAUCUACUGGGCAACAGAUGGUCGCUGAUUGCUGGAAGGUUGCCAGGGCGGACCGACAAUGAGAUCAAGAACCAUUGGAACACUCACUUAAGCAGGAGAUCGAUGUCCAUCGACGCCCUCAACCUCAAGUUGAACACACGGAGCGUCUCGAGCCCGCGAGGGAUCAUCCCUUUGGAUCGUAUCGACUCGCGACGCUCUGAGUUCUACUACGACUGGGAGCAACUGUUGAUGGCGAGGCCUCAUCAGAUGAAUGAGGAUCUUGAUUAUGAGUUCGGCAGGUGGAUGGGGGAAGAGAACAACCUGUUUGGGUGGGAGCCUGCUGCUUAUGAACAUGGCGUUCCAUUUUCUCCAUUAAUACUAGACGGCUGCAUAAUUAAUAACUUAACAUGGUGAAAGUUGUGUAUUGGGAGGACAGAGACAGAGUAGAAUUAAUUAAUUAGAGACUGGUGCUAAUGAUUAACAAUGCAUGCGUGCAGACUGUGUUCGAUUGGUAACCAUGUGGAAUAAAACUUGAUUUUAGAAGCUCGUAAACUGUAAUUUCCAAUUGAAAUGCAAAUGAUCAAUUUGUUUUCUC